AUGUCAACCACAGUCGGAAAAGGAUCGGGUGAAGCUGACGAUAAAACAGAAAUAAAUGAAUUAAUCAAACAAAUCAACUUGACUAUUUUGAAUUUACAAAGAAAAAGGUUACAUCUCAGCAGGGAGCUAAGUAUUGCAUUUAAGCAAAAAGUGCCAAAAAUAGAAGAAAUAGGCGAUGGUGAGAAUGAGGAUGCAACUGGGGGUCAAUAUAGUGAUGAAAAAAUAGAUAGACUAAAAAACUUGAUUGAUCAGUUUGACCUCAAGAUAAAGGAAGCACAAACGACAAAGGACAAUUUGACCCAGUUGGGAAAGUUACAACUGGUUAAUAAUAUAGAUCAGAAGGAGAAAUUAAAUGAGGAAGGACUCCCGUUUAUGGAUAUACAGGAAGAAGUCGAUGAAGAUGGAAAUAUCAUCAGCUCAAAGAUAAAUAAUGCUCCUGUCAAGAUUGAGAAACAAACUGAAAAAGCACCAAAGGUGAAAAAGUCGUCACCAGAGAAGACGAAGGACAAAGAUCAAAAUGAUGAACUUAUGCAGCUAUUUUCGGAUAUGGAGCUUAUGCCUGACAAAAAUCGUUUGAAGCAUCACCUUAACCAGGAUGAGCUUUUGAAUAAAAUUGACGAGUUGAAAAUAAACCCCGAGGAGAAGUUUGACUUGAAGAAGAUAUGUGUUCAAGCUUUUAAUGAUUACAAUGAAGAUGAUGAAGAAAGAGGAGAAGAAGUGCCAGACUCUGAAAGAGAGGCGACACCAGGAGUAGCUGGUGGUGGUGAUAAAGGAAGGGGUAAUAUAGAUACAGACAAUUUGCUUGAGUUGGAAUUAUUAGCUGAUGAAUUUGACAACGAGGAAGAUGAGGAUAACAAGUACGCUGAUAAUGAAGAUUGGGACUAUGAUUUUGAAGAAGAAGAUGAUGAUGAUGAUGUUGAUGAUGAUGAUGAUGACGAUAGAGCUGAUGCCCUCCUCUACGGAACCGAACCAAAUGCUACAUGGCUCGGUGGAAAGCUAGGCGACGAAAAGUCCACUAGUUUGUUUUGGAACCAGAUUGCUGAACUAAGAGAACAAGAAAAAAUGACCAAAAACAGUCACAAGCAUGGAUUGGACGUUUCGGAACUAGAGAAAGCAGCUGUAGAAGCAGCAGAUGGAAAGAAGAAACAGAAGUCGGUACGAUUUGCUAAUAAUUUGGAUAUCAAAAAGGUUGAGAAUAUUAGUGACAGCUUGAAAAACCCGGAACCCUUCAAGAAGAGUUCAUUAUUCAAACAAAAUAGAAGAAACGUUUAUUCAAAUGGCAAUAGUGAUGCUUCAAUUUCUAGUACUGAUAAUAUAGUGGAGGACACUAUUGUGGAAAGAGAUGUUGAUGAUCACCCAAAUGAAGCGAUUGUCGAAGACACGAUAAUGGAAAGAGAUGCUGAUCUGUUGAGCAGCCCUGAGUCUAGCAAACCCCAUACCUCGGCCACUUCUGACAUCUUAGAAAGAAAGCCAAAGCCAGCAUCAAAGUUUAAAGCUCUGCGAAAUAAGUUGUCUUUCAAUGAAGCAGGUACUGUCGAAACCCUUGCUCAGAGUGAAAGCGACGUGAGCUCAUCGCGGAGUAGCGGCCAUGCUCUAGAAAAGGACAUUAAUCUGAGCAAGAGCACAAAGGCAACUGACACCCAAUUCGACUACAAUAAUGUGCAAGACAUGGAUACCAUGGCGAAAGCAUAUCUGAUGGGAAUGUACGAUGAUGAUAUAGACAUAGAUGGUCCAUUGGUUGAGGAGUUGAAAGACUUUGAAGCGCUAAAUAAAAUCAUUGAAUCGAAUGGUAGAGACGGGAUAAAACUGGAAACCCCAAUCGGUGAAGUGUACGACAAGAAAUCAAAUGAAGUGGGCAUGGACUUUGAGGAAAGUAAGGACAUUGAUGAAGAUGACGAAAAUGAUGCGAUGAUAAAUGAUAUAGAAGAGCACGAUAUUGAAGAAGAUGACUCAAACCUAGAUUUAAAUGAGAAUGAAAUUACCAAUCAAGAAUUGAGUGAGAGUUAUUAUAAAAUGAGAGAAAAGAUGCUUGCGAGACAAAGUGCAAAGCAUGAAGAACAAGGGUUUGAGCCGACAGACGAAGAAGGAAACCCAGUCAGAGUCAGUAGGUUCAAAGCAAGGAUGAAUAGGUAA